AUGAACGCAAUACUGGACAGGCUGCAACGAGGCGCAGUAGCCCGCCGCCCCUGGUUCCAGGCGCCAGCACUGGAGUGGCGGCGAGACUGUGCGGUCCAGAGUGAGGAAGCCUGUUGCGAUAAAGUAGCUGGUGACGACUCCAUCAGCACCUUGGGCCUGAUCCUCUGCGUGGGGCUGUCGCUGCUGCUCGUGUCCAUCCUGGGCUACAGCCUGGCCAAGUGGUACCAGCGUGGGUACUGCUGGGAGGGGCCUAAUUUUGUCUUCAACUUGUACCAAAUCCGGAACCUGAAGGAUCUGGAGAUGGGUCCUCCCUUCACCAUCAGUGGCCACAUUAGCAGUUCAGAUGGAGGCUACAUGAAGUUCUCAGACAGGCUGGUCUGA